AUGCCCAACAAAGUAUUCUUUCUGGGUAGAAAACCUACCUCUUGUUCGAGCUUUUCCUUCAGAACUUUAAGAUCUCCCGAUUGGAUUCCUUUUGAACUGAAAAUGGAGAAAGACAAUGGCUUCAAACAUAUGGGGAUUUCGACAGUUUCACAAUAUAGUCUAACAUCUUUUGAAGAACAGGCAGAAGAAGGAACAUUUACAGAGGAACCUGGGUCUGGUGCGGUGGCGACCAUUGAUGAGAAAAAGGUGUCUGUUGGUACACUGGAGUGGGUUGAAAGCUUACUUGGUUCAGGCCUUUUUUUAAAGGGAAGGGAGGAUGAAAAGGAAAAUAUGCCAUUUUACCUUUCCUCCUUGAAUUGA